UGGGUGCCUAUAAAUUGCUCCAGCGCGCUUGUCAGCCUCCUCCUCUCCUGGCAGGUGGCACCCGGGCAGGAUCCCGCUCUCCCUCCGGCUCGGGCUCGGGCUCCGGCUCCGGCUCCGGCUCCGGCGCGGCGCGGCGGCGCGGGCUCUCGGCGGCGGGCACCGGGGCGGCCGCGGGGCGGCCGGGAGGCGCGUCUCCGCUGAGGACUGUCGUCUCUGCGAGAGAGAAAAAAAAAAAAAGAAAAAAAAAAAAAGAGAGAGAGAGAGCGCGAGCGGGCGAGCGGGGCGAUCGCGAGAGGAAAGGCAAGUUCCAGGGAAAGUUGACUCGGACUGGCACAGCCUGCAAAAAAAAAAAAAGUCGAUCGCCAGCGGGAGGAUAAAAGUGCGGGCGGCCGGGGCGCGGCGGCAGCUCGCUCUCCCUCGUCCUCUCCCCGCCGCCUGCCCGCCCGCCCGCCCGCCCGGCGGCUGCAGCGGCCGCCGCGGAGCGCCGCGACCCGCGGGAGCCCCCGCCGCCGGCGGCAGCGGGAGGGCGGCGAAGCCCCCGGGGAGCCGAGCUCGCGCGGGCUCGGCGGUUUUUCGGCUCUGAGGAGGUCCCCCGCCAACCAUCAAGAUUUUGUCCAAAAGCAGGCAAGAGGAUCGCCCUGCGCUGAGCCGGCUGGUGGGCAGCAGGCGGCGGCUGAUCGCGGCCGGCGCGCUGGGGGUGGUGAUGGUGCUGCUGCUGGUCAUCCUCAUCCCGGUGCUGGUCAGCUCGGCCGGCACCUCGGCGCACUACGAGAUGCUGGGCACCUGCCGCAUGGUCUGCGACCCCUACGGCGGCACCAAGGCGCCCAGCACGGCGGCCACGCCCGACCGCGGCCUCAUGCAGUCCCUGCCCACCUUCAUCCAGGGGCCCAAGGGGGAGGCCGGCCGGCCGGGCAAAGCGGGGCCCCGCGGCCCGCCGGGAGAGCCGGGGCCGCCCGGCCCGGUGGGCCCGCCCGGUGAGAAGGGCGAGCCGGGGCGGCAGGGCCUGCCGGGCCCCCCCGGGGCGCCGGGGCUGAACGCGGCGGGGGCCAUCAGCGCCGCCACCUACAGCACCGUCCCCAAGAUCGCCUUCUACGCCGGCCUCAAGCGGCAGCACGAGGGCUACGAGGUGCUCAAGUUCGACGACGUGGUCACCAACCUGGGCAACCACUACGACCCCACCACCGGCAAGUUCACCUGCUCCAUCCCCGGCAUCUACUUCUUCACCUACCAUGUGCUCAUGCGGGGCGGCGACGGCACCAGCAUGUGGGCCGACCUCUGCAAGAACAACCAGGUUCGAGCUAGUGCGAUUGCUCAGGAUGCUGAUCAGAACUACGACUAUGCCAGUAACAGUGUGGUUCUUCAUUUGGAGCCAGGAGAUGAAGUUUACAUUAAAUUAGAUGGAGGAAAAGCACAUGGAGGAAACAACAACAAAUACAGCACAUUUUCUGGAUUUAUUAUUUAUGCCGACUGAAAAUGAGUAAAAAGACCCACCAAACCAGUCCAAAAAUGAAGCUUGCUCUUCUAAGCAAUGGAUUUGCGUGGCAAAAGUCAAUGAAACAAGCACCCCAGCAAAGAGUGACCACCGAACACCUCAGUAGCGGGGAAAAAAAGUCGAAUGCUACCUGAUUCACAUCUGUACAACACAGAGAAACCUUAUGUUAAAAAAUUACAAAACACGUUAAACAGAUGUGCGAUCCACUACCGCCAAAGCAAAUACUUCCUCAUUGUUAGUGUCCAUGUGAAUGAAGUCCUACAUAGAUCAAAUUUUUAUAGAAAAAGAAACCACCUAAGGACGCUGAGUUAUUUCUUCAGUGUAUAUGAUACUUUGAUGUGUUAUGAUCUUGCUGCUUUAUCCAUACUUCAGCUUUGGUUCUUGUGACUUACUUGCUAACAAUGAUGCUUGGAGUCCACUCAUACUGUGGUGAGGAAUGAUUUUACAAUAAAAGGAAGAGGUAAUCAAAAUAUACUUUCUCUCUCCAAAGGAAUUGUUUGCCUUGUACUUUUCUUAUCCUUCCACUUAAAACUAGAAACUAAUCAGCUUCAAGCCUUAACUCAAUGUUCCUGCUUUGUAGGUUUACAUUAGACUUUUAACAUAAAAUCAAACCAGUGGAGUUGUUUAAAUUUUGUCUUCCCUUUAGCUGUAUUCUAAAAGAAAAAGGAUAGAAGAAACACUUCUUUUUCCUGAAAAAUGUAACAGUUGACAAACUCUAUUGGACCAAAUCCCUGAUUCCACCAAAGCCAAUGGCAAAACUCCCAUUGAUAUUAGUGGAAAAAGGAUUUGGCUUUUAAUUUGUAAACGUGUAAAUAUAUAUUUAGACAAUUAUUACAGGCCCAUUCUUGAUGGUUAGUUGUGUAAAUAUUUAGCAAGCCUGGCAUCCACAUCCUCAGACUAAGGUAGAGUUUUUUCUUUGCAGCAAUUAGUAUUCAUUAGUCUUUUAGCACUUAGUCUGUACUUGGGUACUAUUUUUAAUAAAAUAGUUAUGGCUUAACAUACUGCAGAUGUUCAACUAGAAUUUUGUAGGAAUAUAAUGGGUCAAAACCUUAUUUGUCUUAGGUGUCCUGUCUCGCUGAAGUUAGUGGGAUUAUUCCCACCAAGUAAGAGUGGGAGAUCUGACACGUGAGAAAAUGUUGUCACACAGACCUUUUCCAUGGUAGCUAGUUACACUUUGUAGUAAGGCGUGCCUAUGAAAUGGACACAGAUAAGCAUAUUACCAAAAAUGAUAACACAUAUGCAAAGAAAGAAGCAGAUAUUUACAUGCAAAAAAAAAGCAUGUAUUAAAACCUAUUUUUCUCAUUCAUAUAUAUAUAUAUAUAAAAAAAAAUAUAUAUAUAAAGUCUCAAAGGAGUUUAAUCCAUAUAAAGGAUUAAUGGCUUGGAGAAUUAAACUAAACACAGGUACUAUGAGUUACAUAGUUAUAAAAAUGCUUUAAAAUCAGUCAUACCCAUAAUGUCCACAGAAUAUUUUUAUUCAGAAAAUGGAUUUAUUAUUUGUUUUGGUUUUGGGAGGGGAGGCUGUCUAUUUCUCUCAGGUUAAAACUUGCAGAUUUCAUUCUAAGCCUAAAUUUUAGCAAGAUAAUUAACUAGCUCCUUAGCACAGUUGGUUACGUUAUUUAACAUUUUGGCAAAAUCAAGGUAACAUUUCUAUAAAUUGUUGAAGAGUAAUAGAGGCUACCCCUAGCAUUUCUAUUUCAUGUGCUUUGCCAAAAGCAACCUUGUCUAAUGUACUAAGGGUACAAACUCAGAUUUAUCUGCACUAAAAUGUCAAAAGUGUCUGCCACUGUGACAUAAGAGCUCUUCAGUGCUGGCUGCCCAGCAAAAGUCUGACGAAGAUUUUACGAAUCUCUCUCAAAAUCUCUUGUUUGAAUGAGUGAAGCUUUUCUUAAACAGAACACGUUACUCUUUCUGUUUCUGUUUAGAGUUGUCCAAUUCAAAAUAAAUGCCAAGUUAGUCUAGGCUGACUGAGAGGAUCGCCAGUCUAACUCAUCUAGGAUUUAUAAAGGGACAUUGUGCUGCCAGCUGCUUGUGUAUUAUCUCACCAGAAUGGUUAAUGCUUUUACUUUAUGACAAAGUGCCAACCUAUAUCCAUACAUUGUAGUGAUUACUCCUGUUUUUUUUCUACAAGGUAAUGUAUUUUAAUAACAGAUGUGUAACUGAUUUCAUGUCUGUUCAUUCCACUGUUGCUUUUAUUGGUUAGCGCACUCACAACAGCAGUGUAGCUAGAGAUUUUCUAUGUAGUAUCAAACAGUAACGUACCAAGCUAGAGAUCAUUUACAACUAGCAAUGCAUAUUUACUGAGGUAUUUAUUGGAAAAGCUCAACACUACAAGACAUAUAUGGUCAAAUUUGAAGAAGCUUUUGAAAUCGGGCUACCACUGCUACUGGAUAAGACCAUUUUUUGGAUAAAUCACCUGCCCUGGUUAGACAAGAGCAAAGAACACACUUUAUGUGAAAAACACAUAUAAGGCAAACAUUUCUUCCUUUUUCAUCAUAUCUUGAUAUACUGAUUUGUAAAGACUUAUAUCACAACCUUUGUUAUAACUAUUACAACUCAUUAAAACCGUAUUAUGUAAUUUA